AUGAACAGCAAAGAGAGCGAAGAUGAUUUUUCUUUUAACAAAAUAGACUGUACAGAAAACGAAAAAGAACUAUUGAAUAGUCAUUUAUGCAACGGUAUUGAUUUUAAGGACAACCUUAAAAGUAAUAAUAGUGGGAUGAAUGUUAUAACCAAAGGUAUUGAGCUAGAUCUCAGUGUACCUAAUCAGAUUAAAGAUAAUAUUGAUAUUUCUAGUACCAGAGGAAUAAAUUCUUUUUUUAUGAAAACACCAGAAUUUUUCAAACAUGUAAAUAGCCAAGAAGAUAAAAAACAUAAUAAAAAUCUAACAGAAAAUGACUUCCAACAUAACAUCGAUAAUAAGAGCAUGUUUGAUCAAGAAUAUAAUGAUAGAAAAUAUAAUCGAAAUAAAUCCCUUAAUAAUGCUACAAUAAAUCAAAGACCUUCUUUUGGAUUCUUUUAUCAAACUGACAUUUAUGAUCACAAGCAAAUGGAAUAUGAUAAUGGUUUUUACGCCAAUCGAAUACCAGAAAUAAAUACCCAGUCAAAUAAUUUAUUUACUCAUCCUUUUAUGAAUUUUAAUAAAAAAAGGUCUUUUAGCGAAGCAGAUGUAAUUAAAUCCAACAGAAGUAAUCCAUUUAUGCAUUAUAGACGCAAUACGCAAAUACAUAAUGAUUUUUAUAACAAAUCAGUAAGACCUAUUUCUGAUCCAUGUAUUGAUCCAAGAAUGUUCUAUAAAAAUAUGCCUAUUAAUACAAUGAAAAAUAAAGAAAAUCAUGCCAAGCCUGCUUUUUCAUAUGCGCAAAUAAUCACUAGGGCUUUAAAUGGAAGCCAAGAUGGAAAACUUACACUCGGAGAAAUAUAUAAAUGGAUUGAAGAUAACUUUGAAUACUAUAAAUAUGCCAAUCCUGUAUGGAAAAAUUCAAUAAGACAUAACUUAUCGCUUAGUAAAUGUUUUAAAAAGGUAGCGCGGGAGCCUGGAACGAGAGGGAAAGGAGGGAAAUGGAUGAUUGAUGAAGAGUUUAUUGCACAAGAAGAAAACAGGAAAAAGAGAAAGACUUUUGAAGAAGAAAAUUUGAUGAAUCAUCAUUCUUAUGGACUAAAUUCAGAAGAUCCAAGAUAUUAUCAGAUGUAA